AUGCGGCUCUUGCUCCUCCACGGUGUGUUUUUCCUCCAGUGUGUGCGGUUAUCCCAGCAGCAGUUUCCCCGUCUCUGCGCCACCACGGAGGCCCUGCUCUCCAAGGAGUGCUGCCCGGUCUGGGAUGGGGAUGGCUCUGCUUGCGGGGCCAGCUCUGGCAGGGGGUUCUGCCGGGACGUGGAGGUAUCGGAUCUACCCGACGGGCUGAAUUACCCGUUCUCCGGCUUGGACGACAGAGAGAGGUGGCCUCUGGUGUUUUAUAACCGGACCUGCCAGUGCGCCUCCAACUACAUGGGGUUCAACUGCGGAGAGUGCCAGUUCGGGCUGUUUGGUACUAAGUGCGGGGAGAGGAGAGAGUCCGUGAGGCGGAACGUGUUUCACCUUUCGGCGGCGGAAAGGCGGAAACUUAUCUCAUACCUCAACCUGGCCAAGCACACAGUGAGCCAGGAUUACGUCAUAGCUACCGGGACCUACCGGGAGAUGAAUAACGGGAGCACCCCACUGUUCUCUGACGUCUCGACCUAUGACGUGUUUGUGUGGAUGCACUACUAUGUCUCGAGGAAUGCUCUUCUCGGUGGACCGGGGAAUGUCUGGACAGAUGUGGACUUCGCCCACUGGGCCCCCGCCUUUCUGCCGUGGCACCGUGCGUACCUGCUGCACUGGGAGCAUGAUAUUCGGAAGCUGACCGGGGACUUUGAAUUCUCCAUCCCAUACUGGGACUGGCGGGACGCGCAGGGCUGUGACGUCUGCACCGACGACCUGAUGGGCGCCCGGAGCCCCCGAGACCCCAACCUCAUCAGCCCUGCUUCAGUGUUCUCUUCUUGGAGGGUGAUGUGUUCGCGUGCGGUAGACUACAGCGUGAGGGGGGUGCUGUGUGACGGUAGCGACGAGGGGCCGUUGCUGCGUAACCCUGGCAACCACAACCAUAACUUGGUUCCGCGGUUGCCAACGGCAGCAGAGGUGGAGUUCACGGUCAGUCUCCGUGACUACGACACGGGAGCCAUGGACCGCUCCGCUAACUUCAGCUUCAGAAACACAAUGGAAGGUUUUGGGAACCCUCAGACAGGCCUGGGUAACAGUAGGGUGAUGGGGAUGCACGCCUCUCUUCACGUCUUCAUGAAUGGCUCCAUGUCUUCAGUUCAGGGGUCAGCUAAUGACCCUAUUUUCUUACUGCACCACGCCUACGUAGACAGUAUCUACGAGCAGUGGUUGAGGAGACAUGCUCCAGAGCAGACCCAAUACCCAGAGUUCAAUGCUCCCAUCGGUCACAACAGGCAGUACCACAUGGUGCCCUUCAUACCUCUACACAGGAACAUAGAAUACUUCACCUCCAGCAAAGACCUGGGGUACGAAUACUCGUACAUGCUCGACUCAGACCAAAGGAUAUCGGAGGUUCUCAGUCCUUACCUGGAACUGAUGAUGGAGGCAUGGCCCUGGUUGCUAGGGGCGUUGGUCCUGGGGGCCCUGGUAGCUAUGACUGUGGCUGCGGUAGCUGUGACAAUGACCCGGGUGUGUUGGGGUGCGUGGCCAUGGCAACGUGGGGAGAAUAGUUCAGCGUUCCACCUACCAGAAAGGGAAUCUCUCAUCAGCAGUGAUAGUGAUACCCCCAACUACCACACUGUUUAG